UGACUCUUAAAGGCUUUAUCAUUGGAUCAUCAGCAUUUAGUCAGCGAUGUUAUUUGACAAUUUCUCAUGUUGCUGCUCUUUUAUCUAUACAAGUACUUAAAUAUGCAUUCUGUAAUCUAUUAAUGACUGGAUUUAAGGUGCUGUUUCGAAGUAGAAGGGGAGGAUCAAGAUCCUUUUCAAUUGAUUGUGGUUCCAGUUUUAGAGACGUCCAUAUCUUUCUAACAAAAGUAUUAGUGGUUUUAGCUAUCGGAAGGAACAUUUGGCCUAAAAUACACUUCAUGUCCCUAGAGAGUAGCCUGCACAGCUAACAUGUGAUGUGAAUCCAAAGUCUACACUCAAAACAAAAAACAAUCUCUCUUUGUAAAUAGGAUCUCUGAGCUCCAAUGGUAAAUGACUAGUCCUAUGUGCUAACUAUAUUUUCACAAACAAAUCUAGUUCAGUGUCACCUGCACUACAAUGUUUGAUCCUGUUGUCUUUUAAAUUAUCCCCUCAGCAGACGAUUGCUGUUUUUCUCCAAAUUUUUACUAUCACUUACCGUUAGAGUUGCAGAUAAUGUGUAUGUUUGUUUAUUACAUGUGUUUUAAAGGUAAGCUCUCUUUAAAUGAAAAAAAAAAACCUCUGACUGACACCCCCUUAGUCAAUAGAACGGUAGUGUGCGGUGAGAGACCUAGAUGCCAAAGCACUUUGUACAUACAAAGGUUAGUCUUCCUACACAAACGGUUGGGAAAUGAUGUGGGUGAUCUGACAGAAUUUCUCUUCUCGCCGCACACAAUCACUGCCAUCAUGAACUCCAGGCCUCUUUUCUUCUGCCUCUUCCUUGUAUUGCUCAUUCUACCUGUUCAAUUACAUAAACAAGAGAAGCAUGGAAAACAUCCGAAACAGGAAAAACACACAAAAAAAUCUGUAAGAAAGUACAGAAGACAUGAGGAUAUUCUGAAGGACCCAUUCUUUGAGAUCGUAGAUGAACCAGGUGAGGACGAUAGUGAUGACCCUGACUGGCUUUAUGAACUCCAAGAACCAGAUGGCCAAUGCAACCCAAACCCUUGCCUCAAUAACGGUGUGUGUGAGGAGAAGGGAAAGAGAAGGUUCAAAUGUGACUGCCCCAAGCCAUUCAAGGGCAAGAAGUGCCAGAAAGGGCCCAAAAGGUGUAAUAGGGGCACGUGUGGCCGUGGCGAGUGCGUGUUGACCUCUAAACCACCUUUCUACGCGUGCAAGUGCAAGCAGCCCUUCCUGCCCCCAGACUGCAAAUCACUUGCGGUGUGUCAGCCUAACCCCUGUAAGAAUGGAGGCUCGUGCGUCAAGGACGGCAUGGACUUUGACUGCCUCUGCCCCGAAGGCUUCAGUGGACGUUUCUGUAAUGUUGGCCCAGCUGACUGUUACAAGCUCAAGGAUGACGGGGAGUCAUAUCGCGGCAACGUGAGUGAGACAGAUGAUGGAGAGGAAUGUCUUCACUGGAACUCCCAUUUCAUCCUGGAGAAAGGCUCUGAUCCCUUCAAUGACUUUGAGGAUGACGAUGGACUAGGCCCUCACAACUUCUGCAGAAACCCAGAUGGUGACACUCAGCCAUGGUGCUUCAUAAGAAGAGGGCGGGUGCUGCUGUGGGAUCACUGUGGCGUCAGGGAGUGUGCUAAGCCCACAGAUGCUGGUCCCAAGCCUACGACUGGUCCGAAGCCCACUACUACAACUACUACAACUACUAAGCCUACUACUCGUCCCAAACCCACUACUACAACUACUACCACAACACCCAAGCCUAAACCAACACCGGCCAAACCCACAGCAGGUCCAGAGAAACCUACAGCGCCAAAGCCCAGUGGAGUCCCACGACAGACCACAGCUAGCCCCACCUCUGAUAAGCAGUUCACCAGCUGUGGAAAGCCCCAGCCGAAGAAGGCCAUCACCAGGAUCUACGGAGGCUUGAAGGCCGUCCCUGGAGCCCAGCCCUGGCAGCUAUCCCUGCAGGUCCGACCCAAGGGCUCCAGCCAGGCAUACAGGCACAUCUGUGGAGCGGUGCUCAUCGAUAGCUGCUGGGCCCUGACUGCCGGCCACUGCAUUGAUCCAAAGGACCAGAUGCAGGUGGUGGCUGGGAGUCUGACUCUAGGAAAGGAUGUGCCCACUGGGCAGACGAUCACAGUGGAGAAAGCCACACGGCAUGAGAAUUACAAGGAGACAUCCACCGCUGUUUACAAUGACAUCGCGGUGCUGAAGCUGAAAGCCACAGAUGGUCGCUGUGCCAGAGAGAGCCAGUUUGUGAAGGCAGCCUGCUUGCCUUAUAGCCCAUUCUCUGAUGGGACUGAAUGCACCAUCUCUGGAUGGGGCGCUACUGAGGACUCUGACAACGGCUCCAACCACCUACUGGAUGCCCAGGUGCUGCUGAUCAGCCAGGAGAGCUGCUCAAGCAGCAAAGUCUAUGGAAGCGCCAUAGACAACACCAUGUUUUGUGCCGGUUACCAGCAGGGAGGAGUGGACUCCUGCCAGGGUGACUCUGGAGGGCCGCUGACGUGUAACAAGGAGGGCUCCCAUUUCAUCUACGGCAUCGUGAGCUGGGGAGACCAGUGUGGGUUGAAGAACAAGCCUGGGGUCUACGCACGGGUCUCCCACUACGUUGACUGGAUCAAGUCAAAGACACAAGCAGCAUAGCUGGGCUAUGCCAGUCCAUAUAGUUGCAGGCAUUGAAAAGUUAGAUCACGGCACGGUUUUGGCAGAACAAUUCCGCAAUGCAUAUGCAACAUGGUGCUUUAGUGUCUUCUAGCGGUAGUUUAUCACAAAAACCCUGCGGUAGCAAGUGCUAAAAUAGGUGUCUCUUAAUUGGACCGCUACUGAGUAAUCAUUGAUUUAUAUUUUGAACAUAGCUGACAUGCUGUCAUUCCAGGAUAUAAAAUGACCGACGACUAUAAGAGAACAAAACCAUUAAACGUCCCUCUAUGGACCUUCCUGCAAAGAUGGGGAUUCUGAA